UACUAGCAAGUUAGCAUACCUGUGGAUGAUGCGCAUUCUUCAGCCACACAGAAGAUGCUGUUUCGGUCAUUUGCAAUGUUAAAGUGUUUUAAAGUUUUAUACUGCUGGUUGUAUUUAACGUAAGAUAUCGUUUAUAUUUAACAGCAUAGCUAGCUAAACAAAUACCACGGAAUUCGCUGCACCAAAUGCACAAGUCUGCGAAGUAGGAAUAUUAGCCAGGCCUCUUCACGCCUUGGUUUAUCAUCAACAUCACGUCAAAGUUUUUCUACCACGUCCACAUCUGACAGUUGACUUGUAAGGAUGUUUAUUUACCUGAGUAAGAAGAUUGCCAUUCCAAACAGCACACGACUAAAAUGUGUGUCAUGGAACAAGGAUCAAGGUUACAUCGCAUGUGGUGGCGAGGACGGACUUCUCAAAGUCCUGAAGUUAGAAACUCAGACAGAUGAUGCCAAAUUAAAGGGACUUGCUGCACCCAGUAACCUCUCAAUGAACCAAACUCUUGAGGGUCACAGUGGUGCUGUACAAGUUGUAACAUGGAAUGAACAGUACCAGAAACUCACAACCAGUGACCAGAAUGGCCUUAUCAUUGUCUGGAUGCUGUACAAAGGGUCCUGGUACGAGGAGAUGAUCAACAACAGGAACAAAUCCGUAGUCCGUAGCAUGAGCUGGAACGCCAACGGGCAGAAAAUCUGCAUUGUGUACGAGGAUGGGGCAGUCAUCGUUGGAUCAGUAGACGGUAACAGGAUCUGGGGGAAGGAGCUGAAGGGCAUCCAGCUGGCUCACGUGGCCUGGUCUGCUGACAGCAAGAUCCUCCUCUUCGGCAUGGCCAAUGGAGAAAUACACAUAUAUGACAAUCAGGGCAACUUCAUUGUGAAGAUGACCAUCAGCUGCCUUAUGAAUGUGACUGGAGCCAUCAGCAUUGCGGGCAUCCACUGGUACCCAGGGACCGAGGGAUACAUCGAGCCCGAAUGCCCAUGCCUGGCAGUCUGCUUCGACAACGGCCGAGGACAGAUCAUGCGCUAUGAGAAUGACGAAAAUCCAAUCCUGCUGGAUACGCAGAUGAAUGUGGCCAGCAUCCAGUGGAACCACAGCGGGAGCGUACUCGCCGUGGCUGGGUGUCAGAAGAACAUUACCAUGGAUAAAGAAGUCAACGUGGUCCAGUUCUACACUCCUUUUGGAGAGCAUUUGCGUACGCUGAAAGUCCCCGGCAAGCAGAUGUCAGCUGUGUCCUGGGAAGGUGGAGGGUUGCGCAUUGGACUGGCUGUGGACUCCUUCAUUUAUUUUGCUAACAUCAGACCUGAUUAUAAGUGGGGCUACUGUUCAAACACUGUUGUGUACGCUUACACCCGGCCCGACCGCUUGGAGUACAGUGUGGUGUUCUGGGACACCAAGAACAACGAGAAGUUUGUGAAGUACGUCAAGAGCCUCAUCUCCAUCACUACCUCUGGGGACUUCUGCAUCCUGGCCACCAAGGCAGAUGACAACCAGGCCCAGGAGUGUCCGUUGGUUUCCUCUCCCGGAUUUGCGCCAGGCAGUGAGUCGGAGAGAGCGAGAUGGAAAGGUUAUGAGAGGGCAGUGGCCAGAGGUCCAGUUCUGUCCUCUAUAGGGCAAGAAACUAGGAGAGACCAGGAGGAAGCAGAGCCAGAAUCAGGGAAUGCAACGUUUGUGUUGGUCCUUUGCAACUCUAUUGGAACCCCGUUGGAUUCCAAAUACAUAGACAUUGACCCAUUGUUCGUCACCAUGACGAAGACGCAUGUAAUUGCUGCAUCUAAAGAGGCCUUCUACACCUGGCAGUACCGUGUUGCCAAGAAACUGACUGCUAUGGAGAUCAACCAAGUGGCCAAGACCAGAAAAGACGGACGGGAGAGGGUAUACCAUAUCGAUGACACACCCACUGGGAAUACAGAUGGCACCCUGGACUUUGCGAAAGCCUUUACUGCAACAAGAGACCCCAUCUGCUGCAUCACAGCAACAGAUAAAACUCUUAUAGUGGGUCGUGAGUCUGGCAUCGUCCAAAGAUACUCUCUCCCCAACGUGGCACUUCUUAAUAAGUACAACGUAAACUACAGGGCGUAUCAACUCUCCCUCAACUGCAACUCCAGCCGUUUGGCCAUAAUUGACAUAGCAGGAGUGUUGACCUUCCUUGACUUGGAUUCGCGAUUAUCUGUGGGAGAUGGCUUCACGGCUGACCAGGAGUCGGCAGCCGCGGCAGGAGACCCGUCCAAGUUUGAGCGCAAGGACGUCUGGGACAUGAAGUGGGCCAACGAUAACCCAGACCUCUUCGCCAUGAUGGAGAAGACCAGGAUGUAUGUCUUCAGGAACCUGGACCCAGAGGAGCCCAUACAAACAUCUGGAUACAUAUGCAACUUUGAAGAUCUGGAAAUCAAGUCUGUUCUUCUAGAUGAAAUUAUGAAGGAUCCUGAGCGGCCCAACAAAGACUAUCUCAUAAAUUUUGAGAUCCGCUCGCUAAGGGACAGCCGGGCUCUGAUAGAGAAAGUGGGAAUCGAAGACGCUUCCCAGUUCAUCGAGGACAACCCACAUCCCAGACUGUGGCGGCUACUGGCAGAGGCAGCUCUUCAGAAGCUGGACCUGAAGACUGCCGAGCAGGCCUUCGUCCGCUGUAAAGACUACCAGGGCAUCGAGUUUGUCAAGCGGCUCGGCAACCUGCAGAGCGAGUCCAUGAAGCAGGCCGAGGUGGUGGCUUACUUUGGCCGCUUCGAGGAGGCGGAGAGGAUGUACCUGGAUAUGGACCGCAGGGACUUGGCCAUCAACCUGAGGAUAAAGCUGGGAGACUGGUUCAGGGUCCUGCAGCUGCUUAAGACGGGCUCUGGGGACUCAGACGACGCACUGCUGGAACAGGCCUACAACGCCAUCGGGGACUACUUUGCAGACAGACAAAAGUGGGUGAAUGCUGUGCAGUACUACCUGCAGGGUCGCAAGCAGGAGCGAUUGGCAGAGUGCUACUACAUGCUAGAGGACUACGAGGGCCUGGAGAGACUGGCCAACUCUCUCCCUGAGAACCACAAGCUCUUACCAGACAUAGGCCAGAUGUUUGUUACGGUGGGCAUGUGUGAGCAAGCUGUGAAUGCCUACCUGAAGUGCAACCAGCCCAAAGCUGCAGUCGAGGCCUGUGUACAUCUGAACCAGUGGAACAAAGCAGUGGAGCUGGCCAAGGACCACAACAUGAAGGAGAUCGGGCCCCUGCUGUCCAAGUACGCGUCUCACCUCCUGGAGAAGAACAAGAGGCUGGAGGCCGUGGAGCUCUACCGCAAGGCUCACCACUUCCUGGAUGCCGCCAAGCUCAUGUUCAAGAUAGCUGACGAGGAGGCCAAGAAGAGAACCAGGCCCCUGCGCGUGAAGAAGCUGUACGUGCUUGCGGCACUGCUAGUGGAAAAUUACCACGAGCAGAUGAAGACCUCGCAGCAGAGCAAAGCCAAGGGAAAGAAGUCUGAGGCCACAUCAGCGCUGGCCGGUCUCCUGGAGGAGGAUGCCAGCUCCACGGAUAAUCGCGUGGUGGACAACGCCUGGCGCGGGGCCGAGGCCUACCACUUCUUCCUGCUCGCCCAGAGGCAGCUCUACGACGGCAACGUGGACGCAGCCAUGAAGACAGCACUGCACCUGCGUGACUACGAGGACAUCAUCCCCAGUGUGGAGAUCUACUCUCUGCUGGCCAUCUGCUCCUCGGCCAACCGGGCGUUCGGCACCUGCUCGCGGGCCUUCAUCAGGCUGGAGUCCCUGGAGAGCCUGGGCCCCGAGCAGCGGCAGGCCUACGAGGAGCUGGCCCUGGAGAUCUUCACCAAGCACCCGCCCAAGGACAACCGCAAGGCCGAGCUCGACAGCAUCAACGAGGGGGUGGAUGGGAAGCUGCCCACCUGCAUAGUGACCGGCCGCAUCAUCUCCGAGUACCAGUUCUGGAUGUGCAGCACCUGCAAGCACUGCGCCACGGAGCAGGAGAUUAACAGAUACAACUUCUGCCCGCUGUGCCACAGCGCCCUGGCAUAGCAUAGGGGACCCAAGAGGGCCACCAGGCGGCUCCCUUCCCCACGGCAUGUCCUGGGCUGCCUAGCUGGAACUGGAACUUGUUCGGUUUUUAAUCACCUGCUUGUGGCUCAAAGCCAAUGAACAGACUGGUCUGUGUUGUUAAAGUCCACAUGAUCUGUUGGCUUUCAGAUGCAUUAUGUUGCAGAGAACAUAGAUUUACAAAUGCAUACUAAAGCAGCUAUUUAUUACACUUCAAAUGUUCUGCAGAAAGCUGUUUGUUUGCUUAUUCUGCAACGCUGUUCACUGGAAAGGGAUUUUGAUCACCAGCUUCUAUGGUGCCUUACUGUACGUGUGUGCCCUGCAGGACAAUUUCAUGCACUUCAUGGCUAUAUGAAGUAUGGUCCUCCUUCCAUCUACCAGAUAAAAUGAUGAAUGAUGAUAUGAAAUAUGAUGGUUGAUGUCAGUGUAUGAGUCGACAUCUACUUUGACUUUUGACAUUAAUAAAACAACAGUUUAUAGAGUCAAGGUAUUUUCAGGACACAUAUUCAAUAUGUACAGUAUAUGUUAUUUUUGCCAGUCAAAAUGCAUUUUGAGCUUUUAAAUGUGUUGUGAGUGAACAUGACAUCCAUAUCAUAUUAUGUGUUUUAUAAGUAUUUUUGUACACUUUUGCAUUUUACAUUUUUUCGGUCUCUGAUAAAUGAAUAGUUUUAUUGACAGAACAAAAAUCUAUAUAUUCUACUUGCAUGUUUGGUAAGGUACCUGGUCGUGAAAAGACAUGUAUAAUAUUUAAUUGCUAUGUAAUAAUAAAUGGCUCUACAAAUUGGUAA